AUGAAGAGCCACGACAUGAACAUAGAUCCUCGACAUGUCAUGUUAUUGGGCGAUGUCAUGACCUAUAAGGGUGAAGUACUUGGUAUAACACGGUUUGGUGUGGCGAAAAUGAAGGAUAGCGUUUUGAUGUUGGCAUCAUUUGAAAAAACGACGGACCAUUUAUUCGACGCUGCUGCGUUUGGAAAAACUGACGGGAUCGAUGGCGUUAGUGAAAGUAUUAUUAUGGGGAAGAGUGCACAGGGCUGUGGGACGAGUAUGCCUCGCCUUGUCUCGACUAAGCCCGCGAUUGGCAAACUCAGGAAGUUGCUGUUCGAAAGUGCACUAUAG